GACUCAAAACCAGCUGAGGAAAAUUCCGACUCUGCAAGGACAAUAAGCGAGUUAAUGAAAACCAAGGUCCACUUCCACAAGCCCGGAGAAAACUACAAAACAAACGGCUACGUGGUGACUCCAAACACUCAAAAAUUACUCGCGGAGCAUCUAAAAAUCACCGGUGGACAAGUCCGGACCCGCUUUCCCCCAGAACCAAAUGGAAUCCUCCACAUCGGCCACGCGAAAGCAAUAAACAUAAACUUCGGCUACGCAGCGGCUCACAACGGAAUCUGCUACCUUCGCUACGACGACACCAACCCCGAAAAAGAGGAAGAAAAAUUCUUCACAGGCAUCCGAGAGAUGGUAGAGUGGCUGGGGUACCAACCAGCAGCAAUCACACACUCAUCAGACAACUUCCAGCAAUUGUACGAAUUAGCAGUGAAGCUGAUAGAAAAAGGCCAUGCGUACGUUUGCCACCAGAAGAGUGAGGAGAUGAAGGGGUUCAACCCUCCCCCGAGUCCUUGGCGCGAGAGACCUAUUGCAGAAAGUCUCCAGCUGUUCGAGGACAUGAAUAACGGGUUGCUGGACGAAGGAGAAGCUACCUUGAGGAUGAAAGUAACUCUAGAGGAAGGCAAGCAGGACCCAGUGGCUUAUAGAAUUAAAUUCACGGCUCACCACCGCACCGGAGAAAAAUGGUGCAUUUAUCCUACUUACGACUUCACUCACUGCCUGUGCGACAGUAUUGAGAAUAUCACUCACUCUCUUUGCACCAAAGAGUUCCAGACAAGAAGGUCUUCUUAUUAUUGGCUCUGCAAUGUCCUGGAUCUUUACUGUCCAGUCCAGUGGGAGUACGGGAGGUUGAAUUUGAGCUACACUGUCGUGUCUAAAAGAAAAAUUGCUAAGCUAAUUGACGAAGGCAUCGUUGCAGACUGGGAUGAUCCAAGAUUGUUCACCCUGACUGCUUUAAGAAGAAGGGGAUUCCCUCCAGAAGCGAUCAACAAUUUCUGCGCCCAGAUGGGAGUCUCUGGCGCCCAGGCUGUUGUUGAACCAGCGGUUCUUGAAGCUGCUGUUAGAGAUGUUCUGAAUCUAACCGCUCCCAGACACAUGGUGGUCAUCGACCCGAUUAAAAUCACCAUCGCUAACUUCACAGACCAGCUCCCGACCAAAAUUGAGGUCGCUGAUUUUCCCUCUGAUCUUGACAAAGGACAACACUCUAUUGCUUUUGAUGAAAUUGUUUAUAUUGAAGCCGCUGAUUUUAGGGAAGUCGAGGAAAAAGGAUUCAGAAGACUCACUCCUAAGCAAUCGGUGGGGUUGAAAUAUAUUGGAGUGGUUUUGACGCUGCAGAAAAUUGAGAAGGAUCCUAGUGGGAAAAUUACUGGGCUGGUUGUUCGACAGGAACCGGUUAAUGAUAAGAAUAAGCCUAAAGCGUUUAUUCACUGGGUUGCUAAACCGAAGCUUGCUUCUAUUAGGCUAUAUGAGAAGUUGUUUAAGCACAAGAAUCCCGAGGAUGUUAAUGAAGUUCCUAAUGGGUUUCUUAGUGAUAUUAAUUCGCCGAGUAAGAGGGAAGUUGUGGGGUAUAUUGAUGCCGGGCUUGAUGCUGCUAAGCCGUUUACGCAGUUUCAGUUUGAGAGGAAUGGAUUCUUUUCGGUUGAUCCGGAUACUCGACCGGGAAAACUUGUCUUCAACAGAACGGUGACACUUAAAAGAAGAUGCAGGAAAAGUGUAACUUAA